GAAGCUGACGAUAGAGGCUUCCGGUCCGAGCGACCGCUGGAUCGCUGACUGGAGGCUCCGUUCGGAAGCCGGGAGUAAUCGCGGAGGAGAAUCGCUUUCGUACCCUUUCCCCGUUAUGGCUGCUCGGCUGAGCCUUCCCGUCCGCAGGGCAACGGGAGCCUGAGGAACGCGUAGGUCCCGCCGCCUCCGCCGCCUGCCUCUCGGCCGCCUCCGCCAUGGCCGGCGAGGAGCCGCAGAAGUUCCUGGCCCCCGACGAGCCCAACGCCCUCCUCUUCUCAGCGCCGCCCCGCGCACACGGUGCUGGUGGCGGCCUCGGCCUGUGCGAUGAGGGGUCCGCCUGCCUGGACGUCAGCGACUUCGGCUGCCACCUCUCGUCCUGCCACCGCACGGACCCCCUGCGCCGCCUCCACGCCCACAGGUGGAACUUGACUUCGUGUGGCACUAGUGUAGCCAGCUCUGAAUGCAGUGAAGAACUGUUUUCGUCUGUCUCUGUCGGUGACCAGGAUGACUGCUUCUCACUUUUGGAUGAUCAGGACUUGACAUCUUUUGAUUUGUUCCCAGAGGGUAGUGUCUGCAGCGAUGUCUCUUCUUCCAUUAGUACAUAUUGGGACUGGUCGGACAGUGAAUUUGAAUGGCAGUUGCCUGGCAGUGACAUUGCAAGUGGAAGUGACGUGCUUUCUGAUAUCAUACCCAGUAUACCAAGCUCUCCCUGCAUGCUUCCAAAAAAGAAAAACAAGCACAGGAAUCUUGAUGAACUUCCAUGGAGUGCAAUGACGAACGAUGAACAGGUGGAAUAUAUUGAAUAUCUGAGUCGUAAAGUCAGCAUGGAGAUGGGGCUUCGAGAGCAGCUUGACAUCAUUAAAAUUAUUGAUCCCACAGCUCAGAUUUCUCCUACAGACAAUGAGUUUAUUAUCGAACUGAAUUGCCUCACUGAUGAAAAGCUGAAACAGGUCAGAAGUUAUAUCAAGGAGCAUGGCCCCCGGCAGCGGUCUGCAAGGGAGAACUGGAAGCGAAGCGGCUACAGUUGUGGGAGUGCCAGUGGAGUGAGCGGUGCCAGCGCCAGCAGCAGCAGCGCCAGCAUGGUCAGCUCAGCGAGCAGUAGCGGUUCCAGCAUUGGCAACUCUGGUACAAACUCCAGCGCCAACAUGAGUCGGGCUCACAGCGACAGCAACUUGUCUGCAAGUGCUGCAGAGCGAAUCAGGGAUUCAAAAAAACGUUCUAAACAGCGCAAGCUUCAGCAAAAGGCUUUGCGCAAGAGGCAACUGAAAGAGCAACGGCAGGCUCGAAAGGAGAGACUGAGUGGUUUGUUUCUUAACGAAGAGGUUCUUUCUUUAAAAGUCACUGAGGAUGACCAUGAAAGAGAUGUGGAUGUCUUGAUGUGACAGGGUUGAUUUAUUAUUAUUAUUAUUAUUGAAAAAUCAGUGUUCUUUCUAAGCCUUAAGCCUAUUAUAUUGUUUACAUACACUUUUACCAAAAUUUUGAUUGGAGCUGGGACUAGUUAGCCUGUGUCACUCAUCUAUAGUUUAAAAGCAAAAAAAGGCAUGUCAUAAGAGAUUAAGAGAAUACUUUAAAAAAAGAAAAGGAAACUAAGGAUAAUUCAUUUUGCUUUCAAAUAUCUGUGAGUACUCUACUGAAAAGUUUUCAUUUUGUUUGUAAUUCCGCCUUAACCUGAUAGAUAUAACAUUUGUUCUUUGGGUAAGAGUAUUUCCUCCUCUACCCGCUUUUUUGCCUGAAUGGCUUAAUGCUAUUUUCUUUAAAAAACAAAACAAAGAACUGCAAGUCCAUUAAUAGUUAUUGGGUGAUAUAUUCUGCCAGUGGACCUGGCAGGAUUGCCCUUUCUUCUCCUCCCUCCGUACCCUCCCCAUCUUCUCUGAAGGAUCCCUCAGUUUUUGCAGAGCAGAUUUGGGGAGUGUUGGGGAGGGCUGCAAGGGCAAGUUCUCUUUGCACAAGCAAGACACUACAGUUUGACAUCGCACAUUUUUGUUCCUACUGCAAUCAUAUCAAGGCUUUAAGGCUAGAUUUAUUGAAAUAAUAAUAAUUAUUUAUUAAAUUUUUAUUUCGCCCUAUGCCCAUAGAACUCAGGACGGUUAGCAACAUAAAAAUUACAAUUAAAAAGAAUACAUAAUAAAAACAAAACAAUACCCAGUAAUCCCCCCAUGACUGGGGAACCUUUUAAGCCAAAUGCACCCCAUGAGUAACGUAUACGUGGCCCACAAGGGACUAUUAAACCCGCGUUUCUGCUUGCCAGGGAAUGCAAAACCAGGCAGACAGAAAGUGCUUGCAAGUGCCUGUCAGGCCAUGAAAUAUGGCUACAUAUAGCCGGGUGGGUCACUCAUGGUGUGCAGGCCUGAUGUGGUGUUACAAAGCAACAGGACAAUCUGGUGAAGGAAACUCCUAGAAACAAAUUCACAUUUCCUUCCUCUAGAUGCAUGUGUCUAUAUGUUCCAAAUCACUGUAGUGUCAUGUGCCUUAAAAUUUAUUUGAGACCUUUUCUUUAAAGUGAAGGUUUGGAGGAGAACAUUGCAAAAUUGAAAUAAAGCAGAUCACAUUUUCCUGAUGUUCUGAAGUCUUUCAAAAUAUGUUUUGUUUUCAAAGCCCUGUUCAGCUUUUUUGUGUGGGGGAAAGGCAACGGUUGAGAGAUUUCCAUCUUGACCGUAUGUUUUUGCGUAAAACUAUAUUUCUUUAUUCGGUUUAAUGGGAAAGUGAUCUCAUUUGGUUAACAUUUAUGAGUGGUUUCAUGACAUUAUUUUCUAUAACAGAGUUAAGCAGGUGUGUUUAAAAGACCCGUUUCAUGCUUUUAACCAUGGUUUCUGAUCUUGGUUCUUUUGCAUAAACCAUGGUUAAAAGCAAAUGUAGUUCCCAACUCAGGUGAAAGUGGCAAACUCUGGUUAGCUUAAAACUGAAGUGGAGGUUACUGAUCUCUGUACGGCCACACAGGAUAAAGAGAUAGAAGUGGGGAGCAGGUUCAUGCAUGUAAUGCUAAGCUGUAGUUUAAUGUUUCUGAAUCACAUCUAACUUUUAGGAACAGAAGAUACUGUGGGUGAAUUUCAAGUAGUUUCAAGUGUUGGACAUUCACUAGAGAAAGGGAUUUCUAGUUUAAAAGCGGUUCUUAAUGAUGUGAUACUCCUGGCUCUAAUUCUAAAAAAUUUCUACAAAAGCCUUGUUUCAUUAGGCAAUCACACACAACACACACACACCCCUCCCCCAAAGAGGGAAACAUUUGUUUUGAAGUAGCUCAUAGCUCACAGGUGAAACACUUUGGAGUAAAUGGGAUAAGACAACAGCCUAAAACUCAGCAUUAUGACAAAAUUUUUGAGUGCUUGAUCCAUUUUGCCUACCUCCUAGAUCUUGAAUUUUGUAGCUGCAUUUUAUUGAGCACAUAAUGUACUGUGUUUAAGGUGCCUCUCUAAAUUGAACACUCUGGUCACUCAGUGAACAUCCAGUUUGAAUUAAAUUAGCAUUAUAAGUGAAAAAUGGAGCUAUAGCCGAGCCCCCACCCCAUUUAUACACACUUGUUAUAGAAUGGAAGCAAGUUGGGGGAUCUGCUUGGUAGACUUUUGCCUGGGUCCUAUUUAUCUUGAAUGCUUUAUAAGAUGCAUAAAUAAUUUAACUAGUGCAAGUGAGAAAUACACAAUUCACCUUCUAUGGAAUUGCUUAUCUCACAAAGCUUAGAAGGAGCACUGAAAACUUGAUUGGAAAAAAGUUGUUCUCUUAGCCUAAUAAGAAGAUCUGUUUUACAUCUUGUUCUUGCAUCUGCAUUGGUUUCAUUUUAUGCUAGAAAUUUUUUGACUGAAACAAAGCAAUGACAUUUGUGUAAAGCAGGAUAUAGGAUGCUAUACCCUGGUUCUGUUCAAAAUGCUUGCUGAAGUUGGUGAACUCAACAUUUAAGAUGAUCUUGUGGCUCGCAAUAAGUUUUUGUUUUCUUUUUCUGUAUGUUGGUCAGAGAAAAUCAUAGAGAAUUUCUCACACAAGUAUUACAUCAGAUUGUAAAUAUGACUUAAAACCUCCUUAAGGCUGGUGUAAAGUACUUGUAGAAAAUCUUAUAGGACAUUAGCCAAUUUUUUUUCUAAUGCUGAAACAAAAGGACCUGUUAGUGUUCAUAUUUUCCCCACCCCCUUGGCACACCUGCCUUCUAAAUAUUAGCAAGCUGUUGACUCCUUUCUUUUUGCAAACAGGUUUUCCCAGUAGAUCAGAUUCUCAUGACUUAUCUGGAAACCCUAACUUGUGGGUGACUAGCCUGUGGCCCUCCAUAUGUUGUUGGGCUGAAACUCCGCUCAUCCCUCAGGCUGAUGGAAAGUGAAGUCCAACCACAUCUGGUGGAUGCACAGUUUAGCCACUUCAACAUGUUCCAUCUUGGAUCAGUAGUUUUAUACUCCCUGUGUCUUGCAGAUUAUUUUGGAUUAUUAUUUGUCAUGUUGGUCAAAAUCAGUGGAGCAGGGGGGCAAUUAACAUUAUAACCUUAGCUGUUAUCAGAUCAUGUGCAUCUUACUGGAUCAGAAUGCAUUGGGGGGGGGGGAGAGAUUAGAGAGAUGCAGGGAGCAUCAAAUAUGUUCUGAAACAUGGUUGAGAGUUGCUUCGUAAGGGCCAAUGGCAUUGGCAUUCUGAGGGUGUGUGCUUCAUAACCAAAGCAAAGAAGAUGUUUACCUUUGGCAAUAUACUUCAGAUGGUCUUAAAUACAAAUAGAUAUAUUAAAUCUGGACUAUUUUCCAGGUUCUCUGCAAAAGUGUAUUGUAUGCUGAAAUGCACAUGUACAUACAACUGUUUGCUGUACAUUCUGUAUCUACUCACUAUGAUGUUUGUGGAAAACUCUGUUCAUUCUUUAUUUUUUGAUGUUGUGAAGGUUUUUCCCAAUAGGGUGCUGUUUUACUUUUCUCCCCCUUAAGCCCUUAAUUGUAGUUUAAAUUAGUGGAUAUGAUAGUUUUGAAUAACAUUAAAAAGAAACAUAAUAAUGCAACUACAUGUGUUCAAUGUCAUACUUGGAUUGCUCCUACAGAUAAAUGGAUUAUUUAUGUGUAUUAUACAGUCAUUGCAUAUGGUGCUUUGCAGAGUGAGUCAGGAAACACAGAUAGAUCGCUGUUCUCAAGAAGCUUACAACCUGAUUCCUAUCAAGUCAGACCAUUCACUUACCGUAUCAAGUUCAGUAUCAUCAUGGAUUGGUAGCAGCUUUACAAGGUUUCUGCAGUGCUCUUCCUAUUGUCUUUAAUUGCAACACCCUUUCCCAGGGACAGGGACUGGUGGAAAUGACAGCAUUGGUGUGUCAGCAUGGGUCCUACCAAGGUCCUCAACCUUGACAUCUACCCAACAGCACCAACUACUUAAUGCAGCUAGAAGGAAUUUUUUAAAAUGUGCUGUACUGUACUAAGUUUUUGUCUUAAUUUGCUUCCAAGCACCUUUGGUUUCCACUAGAGGGCAUGCUGCAACCACACAAAUAGUAGGCCCUUGGUUUAAAAAGCAAAAGUUAUUGUAUCAAGUAGGUGCAGAUAAAAAAUUUCUGGAAUGCAAAACCACUCAGCAGAAUUUUAGAGAAUGUCGAAGGUAAAGUAAAUCACUUUACAUUAACAGAUGAUAAAAUGUAUAUAUGAUGGCUAGUGCAUCCACCCCGGACAUGCUUGUGUGGACCAUCCUUUAGAUAUCAAAUGAUGUGUGUAUUAGCUUAAGGAUCCUUUGAAGAUGAUACUGGGCAGCUUCUGUAAGUGAAGGCUAAAGGGUGUUUUAAAACAUGUUCUAGCAAAAUGAGAUCAUACUCUACUGGUGGCAUCUAAUUAACGUGCCAAAUACGAAGUCUGAAAGACAACAUAUCUAGAUCUGGAGGCCAUUUAGUUCAGCACCCUGCCUGAUAGUGUCCAGUAGCUCCUGUUUUAAGACCAGUUCCCAAACUCAUCGUACCCGCUGGACCACUUACAAAUUGGUUAAUGAUGAUGAUGAUUGCCUUUUGUAGCUAUUGUAAUGUACUGUGCUCAAUGGCUCAUGGUUUUUAAUAAUUUUUUAAUUGUCUUCCCCAGUGGUGCGGUGGCUCCGGGGGACGGAGCCGAAUCGCAGCGGGCGCUGCUUGCCCCCACCUGCCUUCCCCGAGCCAAGGGGAAAACAGGCAGGAGCAGCCGCCGCACCGCCACGUUUCGGCU